AUGCUCGCCUUGAGUAACAAAGAUGUUCAAAUUGUUGACACUACUUGCCCCUGGGCUUCCAAGGUCUGGAACACUGUGGAGAAGCACAAGAAAGGAAACUGUAGCCAUUGCUUCAUUUGCUGGGAAGCACGUUGGUGCAAAAUGUGGACGAGGUAUACAAGUGUUUUAUACUUGUGUUCGAAUCCUCCUCCUCGUCUGAUAUCGAUCGUAUAA